AUGAAUGAUGACAAAGAAAGAUUCAUCACAUUCACAGAAAGAGAUGGAUUUGAUAAAGUUCAAAGACGUAAAAGCAUGUUAUAUCCAUAUUCUGGAGUAGGAUAUUCUCUACUUGAAUUAUGUUGUUACCAUGGAGCAGUUGAUUGUUUCAAGAUAUUAAGAACGAAAUUUCACUCAAAAAUAUCUCUAACAUGUCUACAAUUUUCAUUUUUAGGAGGAAAUCCAGAAAUCAUGAGCGAAUGUUUGAAAUACCAAACACCAUAUGAAGAUUGCAUGGAAUAUGCAAUUAUUUCACACAACAUUGAUUUUGUUACAUUCUUGCAGAAUGAAUACAAUAUAGAGAUUAAUUUAGAAUACUGUGGAAUUUACAAUAAUCUUGAAUCCUUUUUAGUUUAUUUCGAUCAAACUAAUGAUUUUGACAAAUGCUUUGUUUAUUCACCGAUAUUCUAA